AUGUUCGUACCAUUCUCCAGAAGACUCGUACAAGAAACAACUGCGUGCACACUGAGACCACAAGACCUUAUUUUUACGUCGUUGUAUACACGAGCACGAAAAGUGUCCCGGAAACGACUAGUUAAGUCUCUUAAGAGCAGCACAGAUCUACGCGUUCAAGUCACUAAGGUCUCCGUCUAUUCUACAAGUACAAGUCACCAAGAUCGAUCUCCGUCUAUUCUACACGUUCAAGAUCUCCGUCUAUUCUACACGUUCAAGAUCUCCGUCUACACGUUCAAGUCACCAAGAUCGAUCUCCGUCUAUUCUACAUAUACGUUCAACUUCGGUGGCGGUGCUGGUGACGGUCGCGUCAGGGGCUUCAACGGCCGCUGCAACUUUGACGAGGAGAAGGACGAAGAAAAGGACGAGGAGAAGGACGAGGAGAAGGACGAGGAGAAGGACGAGGAGAAGGAUAAAGAGGAGAUGGAGGAGGCUGCUCCUCCUCAGCAGCAGCAGGAACAGAUUGCUGUUCUCCCGGCCACGCUCCCCAGACCUCGCUAUCCACAGCAAAAGCCGUGGCUGUCUCAUCUACGCACGGAUAGUAACGUCGAGUUCAUUUGCGAGGUCGAUAAUGGGGUGGAACUGUAA